ACAAAGGCGUCAUCUCUAUUUUUUUUUCUAUAAAAAUAACCUCGUUAAAAUACAUUUUACCUUUUAGAAGUGAAAUACAAAAUUAUGAGCAGUAAUAUUAUUCAGAAAUUCGAUUUAACAAUUUUCGGUGCCACUGGUUUAACCGGUAAACAGAUAGUCAGUCACGUCUAUGAAUUAUCUAUAGAUUUGCCUUCCUUUUUCAAGCCGGGAUUCCGUUGGGCCAUUGCUGGUCGAAAUGAAGAAAGGUUGCAAGAGAUCAUUCAGGAAUUAACAGACCGUUUUCCUAAAGCUACCAUUGAACAGCCAUCCGUUUUGAUAGCCAGCGUGACCCAAAGAGAACAGUUAGAUGCUAUGACGAGCAAGACAAAAGUCUUAAUUAACGCCGUAGGACCCUUCCGUUUUAUGGGUGAAUAUGUUGUACGCUCAUGUGUCGAUAAUAGUUGCAACUAUGUAGAUGUCACAGGUGAACCUGAAUUCGUCGAGCGUAUGCAACGUACAUAUCACGAUAAAGCUGUCGCCAAUAAAGUCACGAUUGUUCAUUCUUGCGGUUUCGAUAGUGUUCCCACAGAUAUGGGCGUUCUUUAUACCAAAAAUCUUUAUACACAGCAUGGUUGGGUGCCUACCCAGAUUGAGAUGUUUUUACGAAUUCAUACCGGACCUUCCGGCUUGCGUGGGGGUUAUGCAACUUUUGAAUCAGCAGUUCAUGGAUUUGGUUCAGCUGAGCUUCUCCGAGAAAUUCGUCAAGCAUCAACAUUGAAGAGGCUUCCACGACUCGAAGCACCAAAGCUCCCUUUCCAUAAAAGAGUAACACGCGAUAAAGAGUUGGGAUAUCAUGUCCCUUUUGUGUUUGCCGACCCUUCUGUUGUGAGACUUUCGCAACAGAUAUUCUUAACUGGACUUGCUACAACAGAAAAGAAAAAGCCUAAUGUUACCUUGCCUCCCACUGUCCAAUUCGCGGCUUAUUUAUUAUUGCCAUCUCUUUGGGCUGUGAUUCUCUAUACUAUCUAUGGAUUCAUCUUCUCAGUAUUGGCUGGAAGUCCUUGGGGCCGUAACCUUUUAUUAGGACAUCCCGAAUUGUUUUCUGCUGGCCUUUUCUCAAAAGAACAUCCUACCAAAGAACAAUUGAAUCAAUCUUCCUUCGAGAUUGUCCUUCGUUCCAAAGGCUAUGAUCAUGCUUUAACUCCUGGUUCCAAUGACCCUCCUAAUAAAGAAAUCAAGGUGGUCGUGCGUGGGCCCGAAGCUGGUUAUGUUGCUACUCCCCGUAUCGUGGUGCAGUGCGCAUUAGCCAUUUUGAACAACAAGCAUGAAGGAUAUGUCCCAAGUGGUGUACUUACUCCCAGUACAGCAUUUUGGGAAACCGACUUAAUUGACCGUCUUAGAUUUGUUGGUAUCACCUAUGAUAUUUCUACCUAAAGUUAUUUAUGUCGGCGUGCAUCAUAUCAUAAGACAUGUGUCGAACUAGUAAUGAUUGCCAAUAAACAAUACAUAGUUCAAUAGAAAAGGGGGAAUGUAAAAAAAAAAAGAAGGGGGUUGCAAUUUCGUCAAGUGAUUUGAGGUAAAAAACCCGGUACAAAGCCCAAUUCAGUAAUAUUAUCAUGUUCUGUUCCUGAUAUUUCUUAAGUGAAGA